AUGGAUCUCUUCCGGAGGAUGCAGCUCUCCGGCGUUAGCGCGGACAGGCUCGUGAUCGCCAGCGUGCUCGAGUCCCUGGCCGCGCUAGGGCUCGCGGAUCCAUCCAUCCGGAGCGCCGCGGCGCCGAUUCGCGAGUGGAUCUUUCUCUCCGGGCUGGAGCGCGAUCCCUACCUGCGAACUGGACUGAUCGCCAUGUAUGGGAAGUGGGGGCUCCUCCACGAAUCCAUGGCGAUCUUCUUCCGCGAGAGCUCGCUGGAUUCCAAUGUGGUGGCCUGGACAGCGAUGGUUUCUUCGUGCUCCCAGCACGGCCGCGUCGAUCUGGCCGUGGCGCUCUUCCACCGGAUGAAUCUCGAGGGCGUGCGGCAGGACCGCGUCUCGAUGAUGACGAUCAUGGACGCGCUCGCCAGCGAUCCCUCGCAUUGCCCGCGCAACCUCGCGGCGAUCGACGAGGCGAUCGCGUCUUGCGGCCUGGAAUCCAGCACCGCGAUUGGGAACUCGCUCAUCAAUCUCCACGCCAAGAGCGGCCGGAUCGAGCGAGCGCUGGAGAUCUUCCACGGGAUGAUCCACAGGGACGUGAUCUCCUGGGGCAGCAUCAUCACAGCGCUUGCCCAGAGCGGCAAUGGCGCUGGCGUUCUAGCGAUGCUCCGCGAGAUGGAUUUCGAGGGCAUCAAGCCCGACGCCGUGGUGUUCGUCAGCGCGAUCGAUGCUUGCAAAUCCAGCUCGCGCCUCGCCGACGGCCGGAUCCUCCACGCCAGGGCGAUCGCCAGCGGCGUCCACGAUCGCAUCCAGGUCGCGAAUUCCCUGCUCGACAUGUACAGCAAGUGUGGGCGCCUGGACCUCGCCAUGGCCGUGUUCUUGGCCCUCCCCCAGCGCGACACCAUCGCCUGGAACUCGAUCGUCAUCUCCUUCGCGCAGCACGGCGAUUGGAUCCGCGCGAGGGAGCUCUUCCAGGCAAUGCAUCUCGAGGGAAUGGAGCCCAGCCGCGUGACGAUCGUGAGCAUCCUCUCGGCGUGCCGCCACGCCGGGCUCUUGGAGGAGGCGCGGCGCUACUUCGUGUGCAUGGCGGACGACCACGGCAUCGAUCCAGCGCUGCUCCACUACGGAUCCAUGAUCGAUCUCUUCGGCCGCGCGGGGUGGCUGGAUCACGCCGAGGAGCUGGUGCGCGAGAUGCCCAUCCAGCCCGCGAUCACGAGCGUGACGGCGCUGCUGGGAUCUUGCCGGAUCCACGGGGAUGCGCGGCGGGCGUCCGGGGCAGCGGAGCAAGCGAUCGAUCUAAACCCAGAGAGCGCCGCUGGGGGAUUAGCGCUGCUAUCCAAUACAUUCGCAGGGAAUGCGUAG